AUGCCACCCCACGGAGGGGUGCUUGUGGGUCUCUGGCUGCUGCUGGCCCCCAGUCUCGCCGAGCCCCCCCCCAGCACAGGGGGGGCCACCCUCGCCUUUGUCUUCGACAUCACUGGCUCCAUGUAUGACGACCUCGUGCAGGUGAUGGACGGGGCCUCACGCAUCCUGGAGCGGACGCUCAGCAGGAGCAUGAAGCCCAUCAGCAACUACGCGCUGGUCCCCUUCCACGACCCAGAGGUGGGACCCGCCACCCUCACUGCGGACCCCCGGCUCUUCCAGCGGCGCCUGCAGGAGCUCCGUGUCCAGGGCGGAGGGGACUGCCCCGAGAUGAGCGUGGGAGCCAUCAGGCUGGCUGUGGAGGUCUCGCACCCCGGCUCCUUUGUCUACGUCUUCUCGGAUGCUCGGGCCAAGGACUACAAGGAGCAGGAGGAGCUGCUGCGGCUGUUGCAGCAGAAGCAGACGCAGGUGGUGUUCGUGCUGACGGGGGACUGCGGAGACAGGAGCCACCCCGGGUACCGUGUGUACGAGCGCAUUGCGGCCACCAGCUCUGGGCAGAUCUUCCACCUGGACAAGCAGCAGGUGACAGAGGUGCUGAAGUGGGUGGAGGAGGCCAUCCAGGCCUCCAAAGUCCACUUACUGUCCACGGACCACGAGGACGGUGGGGAGCACACGUGGCCCGUCCCGUUCGACCCAAGCCUGAAGGAGGUCACCAUCUCCCUGAGCGGCCCUGCCCCGGGGAUCGAGGUCCGGGAUCCAGCAGGAAAGGUCCUUGAGAAAGGCCAAGGUCUGAAGGAACUGCUCAGCAUCCCCAACUCAGCCAUGGUGGUGGCUGUGGAGCCCCACAAGCCAGGAACGUGGUCGGUCACGACCCAGAGCAGCGGCCGCCACUCGCUGAGGAUCACGGGCAUCAGCAACAUUAAUUUUCAAGCCAGCUUCUCCACUCAGCCGGACUUUGAUGCCAGCCAGCAUGGGGAGCGGCCAGUGCAGGGUCUGCCCAUCUCCAUAGUGGUGAACUGCACCGGUCUGAAGCCGCCUGGACACUUGCAGGAGAUCGAGCUCUUCAACACCUCCGGCCGUGCCAUCCUCUCGCUCCCUGCACGGCCCCUCUCCAACACCUCCUCGGAGCACCUCUGGGUGAGCUCACCACUCCGCGUCCCCCCGGGCGACUUUCUGCUGAAGGUGAAGGGCAAAGAUGCCCAGGGCCACCCCCUGCACCGCCUCUCCGGGGUCACCUACACCAGCAUAGUCCCUGGUCUACCCAAAAUGAACAUCUCCAGCAAGAUCCAGGCUUACAACCGUGAGCCGCAGCUGAUCUCCUGCUCCGCACAGAGCGAGGUCCCUUUCCGCCUGCAGCUCAGCCGGGGUAGGAUGAAGCUUGGGGAAGAGCAGCUCUUCAGGCACUGGGGGAACAUCAGCUGGUUGAUCCCUGCGGUGUCCAAGAAUGAUGAGGGGUUUUAUGAGUGCACAGCCACGAGCAAGGUUGGGGUGACACGGGCUCGCACCUACGUCUCUGUCUCAGAGCCACCGCCGCGUCUCAUAGCCCCAGGCAACAUCACGGCUUCACUGGGCCAGGACGUGGUCAUGUCCUGCCCGGUUCUGAGCGAUGUGCACUACAACCUGACGUGGAGCUGGGAUGGGAAGGUGGCAUGGCCAGCGAACAGCCGGACCAGGCUGCUGCAGAACCGCUCGCUGGAGAUCAGCCGCGUGCAGCUGGGGGACGAGGGUCUCUACGAGUGUGUGGCACGCAGCGCCCACGGCACCGCCGCUGCCUCCCUGUGGCUCUUUAUCCAGGAGGCGCCGUGGGUGAAGGUCGACACCAGCCCCCAGCGUUUCAGCAGGGGCCAGGAACUGCGGCUGAACUGCACGGUCGGGGGCCACCCCCUGCCCCACGUCACCUGGAAGCGCUGGGGCUGGGCGCUGGAGCAGGACAAGAGGGUUUUCACGGAUGCUCAGGGCACCCUGCACAUCAGGGCUGCCACCCCAGAGGAUGCGGGGAAUUACAGCUGCCACGCCAGCAGUGUGCUGGGCUGGGACGAGCAAGCCGUCACCCUGGAGUUCACCGAGCCUCCCGCCAUCCUGGCAGUGACGCCCAGCCUGAAGGCGCUGGUGGGAGAAGACGUGACCCUGGAGUGCUGGGUUUCGGGGGUGCCCCCACCCCGCAUUGUGUGGUACAAAGGGGGUCUCGGGGCAGGUGAGCAGGUGGUGGCGGCGUUCCCACCCGGCACCCAGCGUGCCAUCCUGCGGCUGCAGGCAGUGCGGGAGGAGGAUGCGGGGCGGUAUGUCUGCAAGGCUCUCAGCGAUGCCGACGUCACCUUUGACAGCACCGUGCUGGAUGUGGGGUCUGCCCCUCACUUUCCCGAGCCCCUGGGGGAUGUGGCGGUCGAGGUCGGGGAGAGCAUCAGCCUGCUGUGCCGUGCCGAGGGCUCUCCCCCACCACGGGUCACCUGGUCCCGGCAGGACAGGAAGCCCGUGACGGGGUGGCAUGGGCCGCAUGGUGUUUCCAGCCAGCUGGAGGCUGCCGAGCUCCUCAUCGACAGUGCCUCGCAGGAUGACCAAGCCGUCUACAUCUGUGAAGCUCAGAACGAGUUUGGGAAAAUCCAAGCAGAGGUCAAGCUUGCAGUCACUGGACACGCAGCCCCAGAAAUAGCUCUUGCAUCCCCUGUGGUCCACACGCUCCCAGGUCAGCCUGUGUCGCUGCCCUGCGUGAUCCUCGCCGGGAGGCCGUUCCCAGCCCGUCGCUGGCUGAAGGACGGGCAGCUGGUAGCCCUGAGCGGCCGCUACUCUGUCCGGGCAGACGGGAGCCUGCAUGUGGACCAGGCAUCGCAGGGGGAUGCGGGGAGGUACACCUGCGAGGUGACCAAUGCCUUCGGCUCGCACAGGCAGGACACGUCCCUGGUCGUCCACGUUCCUCCCAGCAUUGAGCUUGGCCCUGUCCUUGUCACUGCCACCGAGGGAGCGGCCGUUGCCCUGCGGUGCAAUGCCACCGGUGUGCCCCCCCCUACUGUAACCUGGACAAAGGGCACAGAGCCCGUCUCACCGAGCCUACGCUACCACCUCAAUCCCAAUGGGACCCUCCUGAUCCCUUCACCUUCCCCUGGGGAUGCUGGGACCUACUUCUGCACAGCUACCAACACAGCAGGCUUCUCCAGCCGGGAGAUGCAGCUCUCCGUCAGCACAAAGCCCAGGAUCAGCGUGAACGGAUCGCAGGCAUCGGACCCUGUAACUGUCCUGGCCGUGCUUGGGCAGGAGACCACCCUGCCCUGCGAGGUUCAGGGCUCUCCCCCUCCCUUGGUGGUGUGGACCCAGGAGUCCCAGCCGCUGCCUCUUUCCACCGCAAGGUACAGCGUCCUCCCUUCUGGGUCCCUCCGGCUGGCCAAGCCCCAGGUGAUGGACGCUGGUCUCUACACCUGCACAGCUAUGAACGCUGCAGGGAACGCCUCACUCAGCUACAGCCUGCAUGUCCAAGUUCCCCCCCAGCUGCUGAUCGGUGAUGGGGAAAGCCAUCUGACGGCCGUCGCCAAUAACUCCCUGAGGAUUCACUGUCGUGCCAUGGGCAUGCCCACACCCCAGAUCCAGUGGCUGAAGGAUGGGCACCCGCUGAGUGAGCAGGACGGUGUGGUGGUGUCCGAGGAUGGUGGGACCCUGCUGAUCAUCCGUGUGGGACUCGGCCAUGAAGGGGUCUAUGUCUGCCAGGGCAGCAACUGGGCAGGGGUGGCCCAGGCGGAGGUGCAGGUUUCAGUGCAAACUUCAAGGGAUAUGAUGAUGAAGGUGCUGGUGCCUCCAAACAUCGAACCCAGUGUGGUGGACCUGGCCGUCCUGGAGAACAGCACAGUGUCCCUGGAGUGCCUGGCCUCAGGACUGCCUGCUCCCGACAUCGCCUGGUACAAGGGGCAUGAGCAGCUCUCGGCCGGGCUGGGUCGGACCCUGUCCAGGGAUGGGAAGCACCUGGAGAUCCGGCAUGCCCAGCUCUCCGAUGCCGGCAGCUACCGCUGUGUGGCCUCCAACGUGGCCGGUGUCACCGAGCGCUGGUACAGCCUGCAGGUGAAUGUGCCCCCGUCCUUUUCCUCGGCAGAGCCCACUGCCGUGUCUGUGCUGGAGGGGCAGUCUGUCAGGAUGGCCUGUGAGUGCCGUGGGAUCCCGUUCCCCUCCCUGAGCUGGCGGAAGGAUGGCAAGCCACUCUCUGCCCAGCCCGGGAGCCCAAAGCUGGUGUCCACGGGAGGGAGCAUGCUGUACAUCGAGAAGGUACGGCUGGUGGACAAGGGGACGUACACAUGCGAGUGCAGGAAGGCUGCUGGCAGCAGCAGCAAGGAGCAUCGCCUGGAGGUGCAUGUGCUGCCGAGGAUCCAGGGCAGCAGCAAAGCCCCAAGGAAGGUUUCUGUCAUCAAGGCUGGCGAGACGGUUUUGGAGUGCGAGGCCUUGGGGACGCCGCUGCCCACGGUGACGUGGGUGAAGGAUGGGCAGCCCGUGGCCGGUGGGGAUGGGCUCCUGCUUACGGAGCAGGGGAGGCGGCUGCGCAUCCCCAAGGCGGAGGUGGCCCAUGCAGGACGCUACGCUUGCCUGGUGUCAAAUGCGGCAGGGCAGGAGCGGAGAGAGUUUGACGUUACAGUGCAUGUUCCUCCUGAGUUCAUUCAAGGAUCAGGAUCGACAACCAACGUCAGCGUGUCUCUGCGUGGAGCCCUGACGCUGACCUGCGAGGCCACCGGCAUUCCCCUACCCACAGUCACCUGGUACUGGAAUGGAUCUUCCGUCACCCCCAGUGAGAACACGCGUGUGCUUUCAGGGGGCUGGGUGCUGAGGGUCAACCGUGCACGAGCCCAGGAUGGUGGCCACUAUUCCUGCCUGGCCAGCAACAUAGCUGGGGAGGCCAGGAGGCAUUUCCACGUGGAGGUCCUAGUUCCUCCCCACAUUGAGAAUGCAGAUGAAGAAGAGACCAUCAAAGUGCCUGAGGGUCACCCUGUCACCUGGUCCUGCCUGGCUGCGGGCAACCCCCAGCCUAAGAUCACCUGGCUGAAAGAUGGCCACCCUCUGCCCAUCAAAGACAUGUUCUCCAUCUCCCCUGAUGGCUCCGUGCUCCACAUCCCCCGAGCCUCCCUGUCUGACGCUGGCCGCUAUUCCUGCGUGGCCUUCAACUCUGUGGCGAAUCAAACCAAGCACUACCUGCUAGAUGUUUCAGCCAGUCCUACCUUUGCUGGAGAUGUGCAUGAUGCUGCCACAGAAGAAGUCACAGUGAUCAUCAACAAUCCCAUCUCCCUGGUCUGUGAGGCUCUGGCCUACUCAUCUCCCAACAUCACCUGGCUCAAGGACGAGGUUCCUCUCAAAGCAUCUAGAAACAUCUACCUGCUCCCUGGUGGCCACGGGCUGCAGAUCCUGAAUGCCCAGGAAGAGGAUGCAGGCACGUACAGCUGCAUCGUGGACAACGAAGCAGGGGAGGCUGUGAAGAACUAUGCCGUGAAGGUCCUGGUUCCUCCUUGGAUUGCCAGAGAUGACCCUUUGGGGGAAUUUGCCAUGAAAGAGGUGAAAACCAGGGUCAACAGCACGGUGACACUGGAGUGCGAGACCUGGGCUGUGCCCCAACCAACUAUCCGGUGGUACAAGGACAAGCAGCUCCUGGAAAGCACUGGUCACCUCCAGAUCCUCAGCGAGGGGCAGAUCCUUCAGAUCAAACCAGCCAGUGUCUCUGAUUCAGGGCAUUACACCUGUGUGGCCACCAAUGCCGUGGGUGAAGAUGACAGGGACUUCAUUGUGCAUGUCCAAGUGCCACCCCUCUUCCAGCAGCAGACAAGCCCCAACGAAGCCCUCGCAACCUUCUACCGGGAGGAAGACCAGGACGGGGAGGUGACGGAGCACCGACAGGCUGUCCUCAACCAGCCCACCGCGCUCUACUGCGACACCAAUGCGAUCCCACCUCCCCGGCUCACCUGGUACAAGGACGGGGAGCGUCUCUCCCCUGGUCCAGGGGUGCUGAUGCUGCUAGGCACAGCGAGGUGGGAGGGGAGGUUGGAGGGGACCCUCCAAUCCCUUGCUGCGGGCAGGUACACCUGUGAGGCGGCCAACGCGGCAGGACAGGACCGUCUGCACUACGAGCUGGAGGUGCUGAGUGAGUACGGGCCGCCCCGGGCAUGCACGGAUGACCUGGCUGAGGAGAUGAUGGCCACCGUCAACGGCACCGUCCGCUUCAAGUGUGAAGCCAUCGGACACCCAGUGCCCACGGUGUCCUGGCUCUGGAAUGACGUCCCCGUUGUUGCCGGCCCACGGCACCAGCUCCUGGAGGGUGGCACGGUCCUGCAGGUGGCCGCGGUGGAGGCCGGUGACACUGGCAGCUACACGUGUGUGGCUGAGAACCCAGCCGGGUCAGCCGAGAAGCGCUUUGCCCUCGCUGUGCAGGAAGCACCCCGGAUCACGGGUCCAAACCCCGAAAGCAUUGAUGGCAUCGUCAACGGCAGCAUCUCGCUGGCAUGUGAUGUCCAAUCCCACCCCACUGCAGAUAUUACCUGGUACAAGGAUGGCCAUGUCCUGCGGCUUGGUGAGGAGGGGACGGUGACCCCAGGCUCACGGGUGCUGCAGGUCCCUCACCUGCAGCUUUCCAGCUCGGGCACGUACACGUGUGUGGUGCUGAAUGUGGCCAGCCGGGAUGAGAAGCGCUUCAUCCUCACUGUCCACGAGCCCCCGGGCACCCAGGACCCGCAGCAGGAGAUGCUGGAUGCUGACGUGGGGAGCCCUCUUGUCCUGACCUGCCAAGUCGGCGGUGUGCCUGCGCCCGUUGUCACCUGGCUGAAGGACGGCAGCCUGCUGGAGAGCAGCCCGGAGCAGGGCCUGGUGUCUGCGGGGGGGCAGCUCCAGCUCAGCCCCCUGCAGCCCUUCCAUCAGGGCCGAUACACUUGCCUGGCGCAGGGCCCGGGCGCCGAGACACGCAAGGACUUCGUGGUGCUGGUGCGAGUGGCACCCCGGAUCGCCAGCGUGGGGGUCCCCAGCGAGUACAGUGUGCUGGAGGGCAAAGGGGUGAGGCUGGAGUGCCGGGCGGAGGGGCAGCCCACCCCUGAGAUCUCCUGGCUGAAGGAUGGGCAGCCCCUGGGGCUGCAGCCCCCUUCACGCACCCGGAUGUCCCCAGACGGCAGCUCCCUGCUCCUUGAGGGGCUCCAACCUGCCGACUCAGGGGUGUACAGCUGCCUGGCCCGAAACAGCGCAGGCGAAGAUGUGCGGCUGCACACGCUGAGCGUGCUGGUCCCCCCUGCCAUCGAAAGAGGUGCUGACGACUCGGAGGUGGUCCGUGGUGUCCUGUCCGCAGCAGUAACACUGGAGUGCUGGGCACGGGGGUCCCCUCCACUGCACGUGAGCUGGCUGAAGGACGGGCUGCCCCUGCGCCUGUCUCCCCGUGUCACCCUUUGCUCAGCUGGGCACAUCCUCCGGAUCUCCCAGGCACAGCUCUCCGAUGCCGGGCUCUACACCUGCGUCGUCUCCAGCCCGGCGGGGGUGGCCGAUCGCAACUUUGUUCUGCAGAUACGGGUGCCCCCCGUCCUGGAGAGCUCGGAGAGCAGUGAGGAGCAGAUGGUGGCCAAGGGCUCCAGUGUCACCUUCACCUGCGAAGCUGCUGGCCCAUGGCUGACCCUGGAAGCUGUGGGGCCAACUGACACAGGGGUGUACUCCUGCCUGGUGGCCAACGAGGUGGGGGAGACCAGCAAAGCCUUCCACAUCCUGGUGAUGGAGCAACCCCACGUUGAGGCUGCACCCCAGCCCACUGAGAUGUCCAUCGCCGUGGGCACCCCACUAGAGCUGACGUGUGUGGUGACGGGUGUCCCCAUGCCCGCUGUCACAUGGGAGAAGGACGGACGGCUGCUGGCAGGGCCCUGGCUCAUGUCAGGGAAUGAGAGCACCCUCCACAUUGAAAGCACAAAGAUGGCUGACGCUGGCUUGUACACCUGCCUGGCCACUAGCCCUGCCGGGGAGGAUAGUAGGAGUUUCCACAUCAGCAUCCAAGCACCUCUCAGCAUCACGAGCGUUGCAGAGACCCCCAGCAUCACCGCUGUGGUGGGAGGGGAGCUCAUCCUGGAGUGCCCUGGGGAUGCUGUGCAACCCCCCCACAUUGAGUGGUACCGGGAGGGCUCCCUGCUGCAGUACAGCUGCAGGGCCACCAACGUGCGGGGGGACACCAGCCCGCGCGUCCAGGUGGAGGUUCUCGUGGCCCCGGAGAUCCAGCCGGGCCCCGAGGAGGCAAGGGUGCUGCUGAACGGCUCGGCAGUGAAGGGCUCUGCAGUCCUGCCUUGCCAGGCGGAGGGGUGGCCCGUGCCCCGGGUGAUGUGGCAGAAGGAUGGCCGUCUCCUGCAUCUCCGUGGGAGCAACAGGUAUGAGCUCCUGCCAGGUGGCUCCCUGCAAAUCAAACCUGUUCAGGUCCAGGAUUCGGGCUAUUACCUCUGCAUGGCAUCCAGCCCUGCUGGCUCUGACCGGCGAGGCCUGGACCUCCGCGUCCUGGUCCCUCCCGCCAUCACCCCCGGGCCCUCCAACCUCACCCUGCUGGCUCAGCAGCCGGCCACGCUGGGCUGCGACGCCUGGGGAUCCCCUGAGCCCCACGUCAGGUGGGAGAAGGAUGGCCACCCCCUGAACCCACACCUCCUGCCCAGUACCUACAGCUUGCAGUCCUCGGGGUCGCUGCUCAUCACCAGCCCCAGUCCCCGGGAUGAGGGGCAGUUCGAGUGCAUUGCCACCAAUGCCGCCGGAGAGGCACGCAAGGUCUUCCUUGUGUCCAUCCACGUGCCCCCCACUAUUGCUGAUGACCUUACAGAUGUGGUUGUCAACCGGUUGUCUCCCGCGGUCCUCACCUGCUAUGCCUCUGGCGUGCCCCCACCCACGGUAUUGUGGAGCAAGGAGGGGGCUCAGCUGGGCAGCCGAGGAGGGGGCUACCGCGUCCUGCCCACAGGGGCCCUGGAGAUCAGGCAGGUGCUGCCUGCACAUGCCGGCCACUACACCUGCACAGCGAGGAGUGCUGCUGGCACAGCCCAAAAACACCUCCGGCUUGCGGUGCACGAGCCCCCUGCCUUGAAGCCCCUGCCUGGCAUGGUGAUGGUGAUGGUCAACACCAGCACGGUGCUGUCCUGUGAGGCAACCGGGGUCCCCCGGCCAGAGCUCACCUGGCAGAAGGACGGUGUCAGCAUCACCAGAGACGGCGUGUUGGGGCAGAGCGGCCAGAGCACCCUGCGGCGGGAGGCAGCCACCCACUCCGACAGCGGGACUUACAUUUGCCAUGCUGAGAACAGCGCUGGUGCCAUCAGGACCGCCGCCUUUGUCUCGGUCAGAGGGCACUACCGGUGCGUGGCAGAGAAUGAUGCAGGCACAGCGGCAAAGGUUGUCACCCUGGCCCUGCAGAGGGAGCCGCGCCGGGUACGGGGCAGCCUGGUUGGCAUCAUCAACACCCACGAGCUCGGCGUCGCUACCCUUGAUGCCAACGUGCUGGAAGACCCACACUCCGGCACUGCCACCAUCCGGAGCAGCACCAGCAGCAUCCCACCCGCUGUUGUGUUUGCCUUCAUGGCCCCCGUGUACUGGUCCUUGGCGCACGCCACGGGGGAGGCCUGGAGCGGGUUCCUGCUCACCCGGGGAACCUUCCGGCACGAGUCGCAGCUGGAGUUUGCCACAGGUGAGGGAUGCCGGGAGCCCCCAGGCGACUUCAACGAGCGCUAUGUGCAGACGGGCGUGGGGCAGCUUUCGGGGGACUCGGUGCAGAGCUUCCUGCUGGACAGGCGCAUCGCUCGUGCCCGCUGCAAUCACACCAUCGUGUACGACCCCCCCGUGGGCCCACAGCCCCCCUGGGUGCAGCAUGUCCGGGCCAGAGCUGUCAAAGCCUCCUACGACCCAACCUCGGAGGAGCUCCGCUUCCAGCUCCGCACCUCACUUGAUGCAGGGGCUGACAGAGAACGGUGCCCACCGGGAUUCACCCUGGGCCCUCAGCGGCUGUACUGCAUUGAUGUUGACGAAUGCGCCGAGGGGUCGCACGCCUGCCGCUACAACCAGCUCUGCCAGAACACCGCAGGGACGUAUCGCUGCGCCUGCCCUCCCGGCUAUCGCUCGCUGGGUGCUGGCUGGCCGUGCUUGGAUGUAAACGAAUGUCUGCAGUUUCCUCCACCAUGUGCCUUCGAGUGCCGCAACCUGCGGGGCUCCUACGAGUGCCUGUGCCCCCCUGGCAGGACCCUGCUGCCGGGCGGAGAGUGUGGCACAGCAGAGGUGGAUGGAGGGGGCACAAGGAGCAGCACCCCCCGGGACCCCCCCCUGCGCUGGCUGGGGCCGAAUAGCCACCCACGGGGAAGGUCCUUCUACACCCAGCUCUCCCUCCGCCGCGUGGCGAAGGCUGCAGGGCUGGGUGCCCGGGGCUCUCCCUGCCCCACCGGCUUCGUCAAGAGGAACGGCACCUGCACCGACCUUGACGAGUGCCGGAUGCUGAACCAGUGCCAGCACGAGUGCAGGAACAGCCCGGGCAGCUACCGCUGCGUCUGUCCCCCCGGCUACCGGCUGCUGCCCAACGGGAAGACAUGCCACGAUGUUGAUGAGUGUGCCGAGGGCAUGAUCCAGUGUGGCUCCAGCCAGAUGUGCUUCAACACCCGCGGAGGUGCCCAGUGCAUGGACGCGCCAUGCCCAGCCGGGUACCGGAGAGGCUCCAGCCCUGGGUGA